AUGGCUGCUGAUAUGAAAAUCCAAAAGCUUUCAGUAAAUUUGAAAGAACAUCCUGAUAUUGUGUAUCGAUAUUCGAGUAAAUUUAUUAAUACACAUGAAAUUUCUCAACAACUUAAUAUAGGUAUUGGUGAUUAUAAGCUCUACAUUGACCUAAUGGUAAGUCGCAGAUUAAAAAGACGGAAAACUAGCCAGGGGUCAUAUUGUGACGUGUUAAUGUGA